AUGGCAAAUAUGGACAAUUUAUUCGCGAUAAUGGACGAGUUAUCACCCACUCCGUGCCAGCUCAUGUCUGCCGCCAAGGAGAAUCGCAUCAUGGUCUGGCGCGACGAGGUGGUCGCAUCCACAUCAGCCUCAGAUGCACCCGCCAGCAACUAUUCCGCCCCUUCGCUCGUCACCACAACUACUGCGUCGUCGAUGUCUCUGACGCCCUCUGAACUGGCCACAAUGUCCAAGAGCUCCCGGCUCUGGCACAAGGUCAAGGCGCAAUUCACCGGCAAAGCCCGCCGCCGCAGCAGCGUCGCCAAUGCUGACAUCCCCGAGUUCAUGACGCCUCCGCGGAAAGGCGAGACAACACGAACAGCCAUGUAUCAGAAUCUACGGUCGGGAGAUGCCAAAUAUGUGGAAGAGGAGGUUACGCCAGGCGCAGACAGCAGCAAUGGCCGUGGACGGGGUCUUUUCUCAAGACAGAUGAGGAUGAUACGGGCAUCGAAGCUAUUGCAGGUGAAUACCAUUAGCUGA